AUAAAGUUCGGGCAACGCCUGUCGAGACGAAUUGUCAUCAAUGACCGUGGUGUUUCGUAUUAUCUGUUUCAUCAGUUUGGAAUGCAACUUUCCGUCGAAAGGAGAGGUCAGGUUAACUUUCAAUCUUGUGGUUUAGAGAUUUGUACCUCAACCAGCUGGAUUUUGAAGAAACUUGGAUGGUAUUUGUCUAUAUCUAAUUUCUGGUCCAAGAUGUCAAAUCCUGCUGAGCGUUUAAACUAUGUUCAAGAUAGUAGCAGCGAUACUGAAACAGAUAAAGAAACAGGUGGCAGGGGCAGGCAUCGUAUUUAUAAGAAUAGAAUGAGUUGUGGUGGCUCUUCCAAACCAAAAUCUUGUUUGGUACAAAGAGAUGGAAGCAAUGAAAGGCACUGUCAUACCUUCAAUUCUGGCAGACAAAACACUAAUGUUAAUCAACAAAGCAGACUUUGCUCUGGAGUUAGUGUUGGAAAAAAUCAACAAAGUCAAAAUAGAGACAAUUUACCAUCAUCAGGAUCUAUUAAUAGUAUAAACAAUCCACAAGCUAGUGAUGAACGCAUUACUCUUAUUGUUGAUAAUACUAGAUUUAUUGUUGAUCCUGCACUCUUCACUGCACAUCCAAACACGAUGUUAGGUAGAAUGUUUAGUUCUGGUGUUGAAUAUGCUCAACCAAAUGAACGUGGUGAAUAUGAAGUUGCAGAUGGUAUAUCUGCCAUGGUGUUCAGAGCUAUUCUUGAUUAUUAUAAAGGUGGCGUAAUUCGAUGUCCACCGACAGUUGCUGUUCAAGAAUUACGAGAAGCUUGCGAUUAUCUCCUUGUACCAUUUGACGCUAAUACAGUAAAGUGUCAAAAUUUAAGAGGACUAUUACAUGAAUUGUCUAACGAAGGUGCACGAUGCCAGUUUGAAGUGUUUCUAGAAGAUUUAAUACUGCCGCUAAUGGUAAACAGCGCACGUAGAGGCGAUCGAGAAUGUCACAUCGUUGUUCUAUUGGAAGAUGAUAUCGUUGAUUGGGAUGAAGAAUAUCCACCUCAAAUGGGAGAAGAAUAUUCACAAACUGUUAACAGUACUGCGAUGUAUCGGUUCUUCAAAUAUAUCGAAAACAGAGAUGUAGCUAAGCAAGUAAUGAAGGAACGCGGUUUAAAAAAGAUUCGUUUAGGUAUCGAAGGAUAUCCUACUUAUAAAGAAAAAAUUAAGAAGAGAGCAGGUGGACGUGCUGAAGUGAUUUAUAAUUACGUGCAAAGACCAUUUAUUCAUAUGUCCUGGGAGAAAGAAGAAGCGAAAAGCCGACACGUCGAUUUUCAGUGCGUGAAAUCAAAGUCUGUGACAAAUCUUGCGGAAGCUACUGCCGAUCCAGUACUAGAUGCUGGUGGAAAUCCAAUAGCAAUCGCUCUUUUGCAAGCUGAACCAGCGCCUCAACCAGAAGUCGUACUACCAGUCGGUUCGGAUGCCGACGUUGAGGGUGCCAUAGGUUUACCAGCUGAUCAAGAUCUUGGAUCUAUACCGCCUGACGAGUUACCAUGAAUGUCGAUUGUAGAAGUUAGAACAAACAGACACGAACUUCGAUUACCAAGUAUUUAUGGACUGCUUUCUUCUUGCGUCAAUUUUUAAACCUUAUCAGGCUUGCUUGCCUCACAAUAUUCGCUUAUUUAAAAGGUCAAGCUUCAAAUUAUUAGUUUCCGAAGAAUGAAUUUCGUCGUGUUUUCCAUAUUUUUAUAAGGUAACCAAUACCAGACGACUAAAACUGCUUGAAUAUGAUUACGCUUCAGAUAAAAUAUGUAUUAAGAAAUAUGCAAGAAAUAUGUAUUUCUUGUGGAUUGAGCAAGUCUGAUUUUGACCCAGUCAAAAUGAUGUAUAGUGAAGUUAUCGCAUCUUGUGGAUGUUCAACUAGUUUAAAGUGUCCGCUGUGACUUUUUCAAUUUUGUAUGUAAUGUUAAACGUUUCUCAUAAUUACAUGUCAAAUACGAAAUACAUAAUGAUUCAUUAGGUAUGUAUUUGCGAAGAGUAUUCCCGUUUUAUACAAUUAAUAAAGUUGAAUACUGUUUCCGAGA